CCCUUCCACUUUUAGGUAAACGUUCUGGGCCAUUUCUUCAGUAGAUGUGCUCUCUGCUCUUUACUGAUCAGCCGUGGUGAUUCAGUUCUCCCCUGUUAUCAUCAUCACUCCUAUUCCCUGCAAUUUCUCUGGUACUUAUUCACACUAACAAUUAAACUGGAGACUUCGGGAUGAUUGCUGAGUGCUGGGAAUUUUAGGAAGCACUGGAUUCUCUGAGUGCCUGGAAGCUGUUGAAGGGUCAGGACCAAGUGGAAUAAAAGGCUGAGGCUGAAAAGGACACAAGUCAGCCUAUUAUGUAGGUUUUCACAAGCUUCAUCUGGGCAUGGGAAGUUCUGGCUAUACCCACCAGCUUUUGAAUCAAAGAAAAUUCAGCUGUUUGGGUUGUGUUCCUUGGAUCAUCUGAGCAUCUUCUUGGUGACCCCUCCCUUCACCUUCACGCACCAAGCAUCCACCAGACUGCACUCUCUUUUCAGAGGUGCUGAGACAACCACGCUAUGAGAGGCACUCCAGGACACCUUGGUGAUGAAGGAAAGGUCAUCCAGCAAGCAGCAUUCCAACCUAAGACUGGGCAUGUUAACGAUUUGAAUCAGCAAGUGUGGACCCUUCAGGGUCAGACCCUUGUAUCAGUUCCAAGGAGUAGCAGUGUGACUCCAGUCAUUGUCACUGUUGUCACAUGCAAGUUUCCAGAGGCUCUCGAGCAAGGCAAAGGGGAUCCCAUUUAUUUGGGAAUCCGGAAUCCAGAAAUGUGUCUGUAUUGUGAGGAGGUUGGAGAACAGCCCACGUUGCUGCUAAAAGAGCAGAAGAUCAUGGAUCUGUAUGACCAACCCAAGCCCAUGAAACCUUUCCUUUUCUAUUGUCUCAAGACUGGUAGGACCUCCACCCUUGAGUCUGUGGCCUUCCCGGGCUGGUUCAUUGCCUCCUCCAACAGAGACCAGCCCAUUUUCCUGACUUCAGAACUUGGGACGUCACACAACACUGCCUUUGAAUUAGAUAUAAAGGACUGAACUUAGCCUAGAGGUGGCAGGUUUGUCUUUGUUUUAAAGUUUCGGUUCCCAUUGUGUUUUUGUCUACAUUUUGUUAGUGUCAUUUUUACGCUGGUGUUAAGAGGAGAGCAAGGCUGCUGUUAUAUCAUUUAUAAUGAAGAAGAAGCAAUUACUUCAUAGCAACUGAAGAACAGAAUGUGGGCUCAGAAGCAGGAGAGCUGGGUGGUAUAAGGCUCUUCUCUCAAGCUGAUGCUGUGUAGCUCACAAGGCAUCUGCAUUAGUGACUUCAAGACUCAAAAGACCAAACCACUGGGCUUUCUCCUGGGGGUGAGUAUGAAGAUGCUUCAGAACUCAUGUGUCUUACUCAUGAUGGUGUGACUAGCAUGGAGCUGAUCUCUGUUUCUGUUUUGCUUUAUUUCUUUUUGGGAUAUAUAAUCUGUAGUCUUUGUAUGUUGCCAGUAUACCUCAUUGUGCAUAAUAGAACCUUUUCAGCAGUAAGACCUUGUAAAGAAAAAGAAUUCUUGCAUUAAGCUGUUGUCCUAAUUGUAAUGUGUGAUCUUAAAGUUUAAAAAAACUUUGUAUGUUUAUAUAAUAACAAAGCUAAAACUGACAUAAACAAAGAGUAAACUGAAAUUAGCAAGAGUAGUUGAAUAAAGCCAUUGUAGUGGUUAAGCCUGGGACUGGGGCUUAGCUGGGGACAAAAGGGCCUUCCUUGGUGGGUAGUAAUGGGGUUGGGGUGAGAAAUUCAGAAUAUAACAGGGCUCUGCUAUUUGGCUUUUUUCUUUAUGGCUGAAUAACCUUGCUUUUUCCCUGCUUCCUCUAGGCUUUUCCUUUUAAGCCAUCUCACCAUCCACAUACUUUCUUUAAAAACUUCAGUAAAGGUGUCUUUUCUUUUUUUGGAAGAGAAAACCUUGCUUUCCCAACAGCCACCUUUAGACAAUAUCUUCUGAAAAAAAUUAAAUAGCUGACUGAUAUAGUUUGGAUGUUUGUCCUCAUCCAAAUCUCAUGUUGAAAUGUAAUCCCCAACAUUGAAGGUGGAUCCUGGUAGGAGGUGUUUGGGUCACAGGAGUGGAUCACUUAUGGCUUGAUGCUGUCCUCACCACAGUGAGUGGGUUCCCACAAGAUCUGGUUGUUUAAAAGUGUGUGUCACAUCUACCCUCACUCUCUCUGCUGCUCCUGGUUUGGCCAUGUGACGUGCCUGCUCCUCCUUCACCUCUGCCAUGAUUGGAAGCUUCCUGAGGUCUCCCUAGAAGCCAAACAGAUACCAAUAUGAUGUUUCCUGUAAGGCCUGCAGAUCUGUGAGCUAAUUAAACCUCUGUUCUUUAUAAAUUA